CACCCCCUCCCUCCAUCCGCAGUGCACAAGCAGCGGUCAUAUCCCACUCGGUUCACUUCGCAAGCAACAGCCCUUCGUGCCAAAGAUGUCCGAGGAGAGGCACCACCACCACCUCUUCCACCACCGCCAGGAGGAGGAGAAGCCCUCCGAGGAGGUGGUCUACUCGGAGACCGCCUAUAACCCCAGCGGCGAUGACUACACCUCCGGCUACACGGAGACCGCCGUCGCCGAGUCCGCUUCAGAUGAGUUCGAGAGGUACGAGAAGGAAGAGAAGCAUCACAAGCACAAGGAGCACCUCGGCGAGAUGGGCGCCCUCGCCGCCGGUGCCUUUGCCUUGUACGAGAAGCAUGAGGCCAAGAAGGACCCUGAGCACGCCCACAAGCACAAGAUCGAGGAGGAGAUCGCUGCAGCGGUGGGCGUCGGCAGCGGAGGGUAUGCCUUCCAUGAGCACCACGAGAAGAAGGAUGCCGAGAAAGAGGCCGAGGAGGCGAGCGGACAGAAGCAUCACCACCACCACCUCUUUUGAGGGCGCUAUAUGUGUAUCUAUGCCCUUUAUGAUCCAUCUUAUGCGAUGUCGAUAAUUUGGUGUUUUAUUACACCCCAAAUAAGCACUGAUUUAUCGAGUGCAACAAUAAAGGGUGUAUUU